AUGAUAUGUUCCACUGUCUGUAUAAUCAUACUGGCCCUCAAGAUCUCAAUAGCUGCAGUUGAAGCUGUAAUGGAAGAUGUCCCCCAUAUAUCACCCUACUGCACUGCUGGAGUUGAAUUAAAAACUAUACCUGGAUACUGUGGAUGUGGUGAAAAAAUUGAUAUCAAGUUCAUGUAUCAUCAAUGCAUAUCCCCAAAGUGCCAUGCCUCAACAAAACCUAUACAAGUACAUUCAGGAGUUUGUGGCUAUAACCUUCCAGAAUGCACAGCUGUGGGCACCAGCACUUCCACAACGGGAAAUAUGAAACCAGGAAUAGAGAUGUGGCAAAUGGAGGAACCAGAUCAUUCAUCAAGCCAUGCAAUUGCCCAAUGGGAAGAAGUUAUUUCCCGCUGGAAACCAAAAAUUAAUCCUGAACUUCAAGACUGGGAAUCUGGAAGUCAAUUUGACAGUUCAUCUCUACUAGACAAUGAGAAUCCCACAUAUGGCCCCUGGGAAAAUGACCCUAUGCACUGGCACCAAAAAGAUUGUAAAUCUGAAAUACUCUGGUUAGAUCAACUAGUGGGUAGAUGUAGCUGUGGGGAAUUCCAAACUCGCCGCUACUCAAGAAUAUUCUGCAUGAGCUGCAAGAGUGCACAUCCUCUAUCAUACACUAGUUACAAAUGCAAGAAUUGCCGCAAAAUGGCUCCUGUGCCACCUCAAAAUCCUGAUUGGGCAGAUUGGACAAGAUGGUUGCAAUAUAUCAACUCCACACCCAAUUCUUCCCCCCCAUCCAGUCCAUUACAUGCAAAUAGACCCUCAUCUCCAAAUAUGCAGUAAUUCAUCAUGAAUGACAAUGUAACACUUGUACUUGGCUCUCAAAAUCAUACAAAAAAACUUAAAAAAAU